CUACCGGCUUCACUGUGAGCUUCUCCUUACACAGCCGGUGCAGGAAAAAGCAGCUCUCUAGUUCUCCUCUUUUCAUCCGCAACACCUAAACCUACGUUCAACAAUGGACGACGAAAUUGCUGCGCUGGUUGUUGACAACGGAUCUGGCAUGUGCAAAGCUGGAUUUGCUGGGGAUGAUGCGCCACGUGCUGUCUUCCCAUCCAUUGUUGGUCGCCCAAGGCAUCAGGGUGUCAUGGUUGGUAUGGGACAGAAAGACAGCUAUGUUGGUGAUGAAGCUCAGAGCAAGAGGGGUAUUCUGACCCUGAAAUACCCAAUUGAGCAUGGCAUUGUUACCAACUGGGAUGACAUGGAGAAGAUCUGGCAUCAUACUUUCUACAAUGAGCUGCGUGUUGCCCCUGAGGAGCACCCUGUUCUCCUCACUGAGGCUCCCCUCAACCCCAAAGCCAACAGGGAGAAGAUGACACAGAUCAUGUUUGAGACCUUCAACACCCCAGCUAUGUAUGUUGCUAUCCAGGCUGUGCUGUCCCUGUAUGCCUCUGGUCGCACCACUGGUAUUGUGAUGGACUCUGGUGAUGGUGUGACCCACACGGUGCCCAUCUAUGAAGGUUAUGCCUUGCCCCAUGCCAUCCUCCGUCUGGACUUGGCUGGUCGUGACCUCACUGACUACCUCAUGAAGAUUCUCACCGAGAGAGGCUACAGCUUCACCACCACAGCCGAGAGGGAAAUUGUCCGUGACAUCAAGGAAAAGCUGUGUUACGUUGCUCUUGAUUUUGAGCAGGAGAUGAGCACUGCUGCCUCUUCCUCUUCCCUGGAGAAGAGCUAUGAGCUGCCUGAUGGGCAGGUCAUCACCAUUGGCAAUGAGAGGUUCAGAUGCCCUGAGGCCCUGUUCCAGCCCUCAUUCCUGGGUAUGGAGUCUUGCGGUAUCCAUGAAACUACCUUCAACUCAAUCAUGAAGUGUGAUGUCGAUAUCCGUAAAGACCUGUAUGCCAACACUGUUCUGUCUGGUGGUACGACCAUGUACCCUGGCAUUGCAGACAGGAUGCAGAAGGAGAUCACAGCUCUGGCUCCAAGCACAAUGAAAAUUAAGAUCAUUGCCCCACCUGAGCGCAAGUACUCUGUCUGGAUUGGAGGCUCUAUCCUGGCCUCCCUGUCCACCUUCCAGCAGAUGUGGAUCAGCAAGCAGGAGUACGAUGAGUCUGGACCCUCCAUUGUUCACCGCAAGUGUUUCUAAAUGAACUGUUACCACUCCACCAACUGCGCAGAGAAACCAGAAACGACAAAUUGGCAUGGCUUUUGUUAUUUUUGGCGCUUGACUCAGGAUUUAAAAACUGGAACGGUGAGGGUGACAGCAGCGUUUUGGCAAAUAAGCAUCCACGAAGGUUGACAAUGCAUCUGAGGACUUAAUGUACAUUUCUUUAGUCAUUCCAAAUGUUUAAUGUUAAAUGCAUUGUUCCAAACUUAUUUGCCUCUAUGAAGGCUGCCCUGUCAAGUGGGAGCACAAACUUUGUAUUGCUUAUGUAAAUUAAUGUAACCGAAAAUGUCUGGUUUUGUACUUUUCAGCCUUAAAUUCUUGGUCUGGUUUGUUUUGUUAUGCAAGAAGCUUUACCUUUUCAAAAAGGUUUACAUCCCCUGGGGCAUAUGUUCAAAGCUGUUUUGUGGGAAGUGGCAGUACCAGACUUAUGGUGGGGCCUACUUGUACACUGACUAAUACAAAUUCAAUAAAGUGCACAUGUUUGAAAAGUGC